CCCCACAGCACUGUCUGUGGAGCGGGUGGCAGCUGCUCCCGGGCAGAGCUGCUAUGGCCCAGGCACAGUUCAGUGCCUGGCUGGUCCUGUGUGUGUUUGCUGGAUCCCAGAAGCUGACAGAUGAACAUCCUUACAGUGGCACCAACAUACCUCACCGCAGCCCAGAGGACGCCAACAUCAUGCUAGAGAUGCUCUGGGGAAGGCUGGAUAUUCAGGCCAACGGGACGAUCCGGCUGCGGGAUGAAGAGCUGGCCUCCCUGCGCCCGGCACGCCGGUUCCUGCGGAUUUUAGAGGAUGAGGUUCCCAAAACACCGACAGAGAUUGAGCAGCAUCUGAGAUAUUAUUCGCUGACUGACACCCCCUUGCCUCUAACAGAGUUUGACCGUCUCCUUUUUACCAGUGUAUACUCUGCCUAUCAGGUUCGUUCCACGCAGAGUCUGGAUAAAAAUCUCUGGAUUCGUUUUUUCUCUCAGCUGGUUGACGAAGUCUUUCGUGACCUGUGCAAGGGGCUCUGCCCUGCAAAUACCACCCUCCUCCUGGCUUCCUGGCCUUGGAAGGAGAAGCCUUCCCAUUUAGCGUCCCUGAAACACUUCUAUCAUUCUAACCUGGCCAGGAUCAAGAGAGACACUUAAUGAGGGAAAUUACCAUAGGAGAGGACACACCUGACUUCAGCUGCAUCCUAGGUUAUUUUCAAUGCUUUCUACAUUGUGCAGGACUUUGUACAAAUAUACCACAUCUUUUUGUCCUGCUUUCUGCACUGUGCUGGCAACCCUGUAAGACUAUUUGCAACCUUUUACUUUUAAAUGAGAAAAGACAAAACUAUAAAGUGCAUUUUACCCUAUCCUGAUUUUUUGACGAGUGGGGUGUGCUGAGGGCAGCAGUGCUAUUUAGAUGUCUUAUCUAUCUUGAUCACUGAUGCUUACAGGGGAGAGGGCUUGGAAUUAUUUUUCCAGGAUGUUAUGCUGGUGUCCUAGCUGACUGCAUUUCACAUCAUUCAGUUCAGCCUCCUUAUAUUCUCCCUGUGGUUUCAGCCAAAUACAGGAUCUUUUCUCCUCUCCAGUAAGCAGCUAAGCAGAUUUUGCUGUGUUUCAUGAUAUAGCUCACAUAUUUAAUUUCAUUUUUCUGCUCAUGUGGUAUCACAUUUUGUAUGCCAAUAGUAAUUUCCGAUCUCAUGUAUUAAUUUUUCUUUAAAAAGCAACCUGAAAAUGUAUGUAUUCCAUGAAGCUUUCUAGCAUUUGCAUGUCAUAUUUACACACCUACACAGCUUUGUUUCAGUUAUCAGUGUGGAAUAUACUUCCUGAAAUCUCAUUUAAAUUCUGAAGGGUUGUGACCUAGAUAUUUCUUCAGCAGAUUUUGCCUCUCUUCUAUAAAUUUUUUUUUGUACAACUAUAGCACUUUACAAGCAAAACAUAAUAAAUAUUUAAUCUCUAUCCUCAAAAUCAGAAAUAUAAUUAUUUUUUAGAAAAAGAGAAUUAACAUUUGUCUUAAACAUUGCAGUUUGGAAUUAAAUAAAUGUAAUUAUCUCCUCAGGAGGGUUUUGAUUUUAUUUUUUGUUGUUUCUACUAAGUUUCCCGCUGCCACUAGAGAUACAUUAAUUUUGAACAUUUAUUGCAUGUGUUUAGAUGAUGGAAUCCCUAAUUCCCUUUCUGUAAUUUUUCCAUGCUCAACAAAAGAGGCAUGUGUGACAUUCAAAGUGGGAACUGUUAGCUUUUGACCUAGUUAAUCUUCUUCCAAGCAAUUGCAACCCAACAGAUGGAGAAGAGAAACAGUAAGGCAGGAACAAGAAGCCUGGAAGCAAGAUGUCACAGAUAAUGGUUUUAGAGGUCAGGUUAGGGCUAUAAUAGGAGGAGACAGAUUUACACAGUUAAUAAAGCAGGCUCAUUGUUGCUGA